AUGUCCUUUUCCAACGCAAACGUUGGCGACAAGCCCGCCGACCCGUACAAGAAGGCCAACGAAGAUGACCCCAGUCUCGAGACCAAGGUCAACGACCUGGUUCAGUUCAUGACGUCUUGCAAGUUUGGCAUGAUGACCACGCGCGAGGCCUCAACGAAGAACCUAGUCUCGCGAUGCAUGGCUCUGGCCGCUACUGAGUCUGGUGGCAUCGAUCUCCUGUUCCACACAAACACCGAGUCCGGCAAGACAGACGACCUGUCGAGCGACCCGCACGUCAACAUCUCCUUCCUCAACGUGUCGGGCGAGUGGGCGUCGGUCUCUGGCGAGGCCACGGUCGUGACGGACAGAGAUCUCGUCAAGAAGCAUUACAACCCGGCGCUCAAGGCGUGGCUCGGGGACCUUGGCGACGGAAAGCAUGAUGGUUCGGAGAACGAUCCGCGCAUUGGCGUUAUCCGCGUCAAGAUGCUCUCGACGACGUAUUCGCUUGUGGCCAAGAACAUCAUCAGCCGGGCAGUUGAAGUAGUGCAGGGAGCCAUGACGGGCAAGCCCGCGCAUGUGAAUAGCCUGAGAGAGAUCUCGCAGGACGAGGUCAAGCAGUGGCGGUCUAGCCACUAA